UUUCCCCCAAGGCAUUUUCAAAGUUUUCUUUAAAGAAACGUUUUAAUUUUUAUCUUUAAAAACUUUUUUUCUAUGAUGUUGAUUAAACAAAAUGUUGUUUGUACUUUUGACCUUUAGGAGAAACCACAUGCUCACAUUUGCUUUAUACCUUAUAUCCUUGUAUUUUAUUAAUGGAAUGAUACUUCAAUAAUGGUUCGUUUUUUAAUUUUAUCUUUCUCAUACCAUAGUAAUUUUGAAACUACAUUGGUGUGCCAUAUUGAUGCCAUCAUCAUUGUACCAGGAGAUCUCCACAGUAUUUUUGGGUUUAGUUUUGAGGUCUUUUAUUUUGACGUGCGUUUUCCCAGUGUUCUACUGCACAGGAAGUGCUAUGAACAAGAAAGCGGAAGUUGUUGUUGACGGACCAACUUCUGUUAUAAUGUAAGCCUUCUCACGGCCAAUGUAUAAUGCGAAUGAUUCGUAAUGUCGUAUAAACGCAGUUUCUUUCAUUCUCACUGAUACGACUGCUUGUGUACUCUGGGUGGAUCUGUGAUCUGCAUCUGUCUUCAGUCUGAGCGCUUCUCCUUCUUGCACUAUAACUCUAAACACUUGUAAGACCUCCACCUCUCCGUCACCCACAUGAGCGCAGCGUUCUACUCCCGCUGGGCCGAGCGCCAUGCCUGACCGGGAUAGCACCUACCUGGCAGGCGGUGGUGGAGGUGGGACUGGGGUGGGCACUGGGGUCGGGGACGAGGGAGGGUCUGGGACGGGUGGAGAGAGUAGAGUGACAGGGGUGAGCGGCUCAGCGGGCUGCACGGGGAGUAACGGAGGUCCCGGGGCCAUGGGAGGUGGUGGCGCUUUAGGAAACGGGGCUUUCAGCUCCGGUUUGGGACUGGAUGGCGUUUGCCGGGACUUUUUGCGGAACGUGUGUAAGCGUGGAAAGCGCUGCCGCUUCCGCCAUCCAGACUUCAAUGAGGUUCCUGAUUUGGGUGUGCAAAAGAAUGAGUUCAUCUUCUGCCACGACCAUCAGAACAAAGAGUGCGUGCGCACCAAUUGCAGAUUCGUGCACGGCUCGAAGGAGGACGAGGAUUAUUAUAAGAAAACGGGAGAGCUUCCACUUCGGCUCAGAGGGAAGGUGGCAGCCGGGUUGGGAUUGUCUCCGACCGAUCUCCCGUUGAGCCGUGGUGAGGUGCCCAUUUGUAGGGACUACCUGAAAGGAGAGUGCCAGCGGGGCAACAAGUGCAAGUUCCGUCACGUCAGGAAAGAUUAUGAAUACGAGGCCCCACCUCGGGGUGGAGUCGGUUGCAUGAUGGGUGUCACCGGUGGCGUUAGCGGGAUGGUGAACCCCGCCGGUGGUGGAGCAGGAGGUGUUGGCAGUGCCUGUGGCGGGAUGUCUGGCCUCGUUGGUGGUAGUGUCGGGAACUACAUGGGAAUGGCAUGUCCUAGUAUUGGCAGCUGCAGAGACCAGGGCAUGUCGGGGGGAGGCGGGGGCUCGAUGAGUGUCUGCAUGUCGAUGGGGACGGCGGGACAUCGGCGCUACGACAGGGGCCCUUGCUCCAUCUACGACCCUCUGUUCGAGAAUGGUAUGUUUGAAGCAGGGCCGGUGGAGGUGCCUGUCGACCACACAGCCUUCCAGCUGAAGAGACGCCGUUUGGAUGGGCUUCGGUUGACUGAUGGGACCGCCGGUGGACAUUAUGACCUGGGGCUUCAGACCACUCUGGCGACCCGACCGUUAGAGUACCGCUUACUAGAAGAGGAGAACUCCCUCCUGAGGAAAAGAGUGGAGGAGCUUAAGAAACAGGUGUCCAAUCUCAUAGCCACCAACGAGGUUCUCCUGGAGCAGAACGCUCAGUUCCGGAGCCAGGCUAAAGUGAUGACGCUGUCCUCCACCCCAGCUCAGUCUGAGCAGAGUCUGGUGCCCCCUGUUGGUUCUGUUAGCUCCUACAACCAUGGCAUCGCCCAGACACACACCACUCUGAGCAGCGCAGGUCUGCAGCCCCGUCCCGUCACGCAGCAGGAUCUGGUGGCCCCAGCUGGUGCUCCGACCGCCCCUCCAACCAAUGCGGCGCCCCCUACUGCACCCCCUCCACAUCUGAACCCUGACCCCAUCUCUGCCGCCCUCGCUCAGACUAUCGCCCAGGGCAUGGCUCCACCUGUUUCCAUGGCCCCUGUUGCAGUUUCGGUAGCACCGGUGGCUGUUUCGAUGGCACAACCGCUGCCGGGCAUCACGAUGAGCCAUGCGACCACCCCGAUGGUGUCGUAUCCCAUCGCAAGUCAGAGUAUGAGAAUCACAACCAUGCCUCAUUAGUAUGAGCAGAUGCUUUCAGCAAUAUAUACAUACAGUUUAAAAUCGGGCACCUCUGCUAACACCCCUUUGUUUAACUUACCAAUAACACGGUACGUUUCUCAGGUCAAGGGUCUGUUUUGACUGAAGAAACUUACAGAUUUCUGUAUAGACAGAAUAAGGAUCUUCUCAUAUUUCAGUUUUCUUGCCACACUUUACUGGAUGAUUGCCUUUAAUAGAGCCGGAGAGACUCCUUCGAGAUUGUGGACAUUUAAAGAAGUAAUCGCUGCAGACAGAUUGUGAAUUUAUUUGUUAGCUGUCAGUUUUAGUUUUGAUUCUUUUUUAAUAGUUUGUUUUGUGAAUUGCUUUUCUGUGAACUGAUUAUUGGUCUUUUGCACAACAUUAAUGAAUCUGACCCGUUAAGCACCAUUGUUAAUUCUUGUCAUGUUUUACAUACAUAAAAAAUGAAAACAAAAAAAUAAUAUAUGGGCAUAAAAUUGUUUAACUUAUUUAUUUUGCUAACUAAAUAACAGCAUUAUUCUGUCUGAAUAUUGGCCAUGUUUCCUUCACCCAAUCACUUUAUUGCUCUUAAUCAGUUCUAAUGAAUGAACUGUCAUCCUUUAGUGUUUGCUUGUGAUGUUUUUUAAGAUAAUACAUAAGGUUUGUGGUCUCUCA